AACAUUCGCUUUGUGACGUCACUCGGCAUGCGCGAACGGCGUUGAGCGCGCGGAAGCGGAUCAUGGCUGAUCGGACAUCAGACAGUGACGGGGAUGCACCUGUAUCAGACUCUCCAAAACAACGUCCCAAACGUCGCCGCAUUAUCGACCCCACAUCCAUCACAACAGUACCCAUUUAUUCCAACAAGGUAAACAGGUCCUUAAAUCUGAAGCCAACGACUUUCACACAAAGCAACCUCACAGAGGAGGAAAAGGAUGGUCCUCUAUGGUCUCCGCCUCCACCACGAACAGAGAAACAGUCAACAAGCAUCAAUCUGAGUGAUUCAGAGGAGGAGCCACAACAGAUUCAAGCUCAGGAAAUUCUUCGCUCCCCCUCUCCACCUCCACCAUGUAGUCCACCGGUCAAACAAAGCAGACAGGCAAACCAAAAAAUAAAGAAAUUGGAUGCUAUUGGCUCUUUUGCUUGUCUGUCGCCUGUGUAUCAAGAACCCGUUAUUGAGUACAGAAACUCUCCAUCUCCUGUAAAUGAUGAUGAUGAUGAUGAGAUCAUCAUUCUUUCUGACAACAAACGGAAAAGACGUCACCCGAAUACUGAGCACAGUGACGUGGCACGAGAAAUCUCACUAAAAUUCCGUUGUCGAACAGAAUUGCACAAAAUUCCAAUACUUUCUACAGCCCCUUUGAGUAAAGCUGUGGAACAGCUGGCCAUUAAACUUAGUGUCCGGCCCAGCCAAAUUCUGUUAUUAAGAAAAGAUGUUGAACUCCCGGUUCACUCCUCCGUCAGUGAGCUGGGACUUGGCAUAGCUGACAUCAUAGCAGUGAUGUCAGGUGAGCCUGCGGACACCACGCCCUUCUUCUCAGAUGAUAAUGAGGGGGAGGGGCCUACAGAGAAUGGGGCGGUGUCAUCUCCACCAGAGGAGGAGUCGGCUAGUGGAGUGUCUAGUAGUAGAGCUAUACUGACGGUAGCUGUACUCUGCUAUAUCAACCUACUGAACUAUAUGGACAGAUUCACUGUCGCAGGUGUACUUACUGACAUUGAGAAAUUCUUCAAAAUUAGCGAUGGAAAAUCAGGGCUGCUUCAGACGGUUUUCAUCUGCAGUUACAUGUUCCUGGCUCCUCUGUUCGGUUACCUGGGCGACAGGUAUAACAGGAAGUUGAUCAUGAGUGGUGGGAUUUUGUUCUGGUCUAUAGUGACACUGGCCAGCUCCUUCGUCGGCAAAGAUCAUUUUUGGGCGCUGUUGUUGACCCGGGGGCUUGUGGGUGUAGGGGAGGCCAGUUACUCCACAAUCGCACCCACCAUCAUUGCUGAUCUGUUCAUCAAGGAGAAAAGGACCAACAUGCUUUCCAUUUUUUACUUUGCCAUUCCUGUGGGCAGUGGUUUUGGGUAUAUAGUGGGUUCACGCGUGGCUGCUGUGGCUAAAGACUGGCACUGGGCUCUUCGGGUGACCCCUGGCCUGGGGCUGCUGGCAGUGAUCCUGUUGAUAUUUGUGGUUCAGGAGCCAAAGCGCGGGGCGAUCGAAGCUCAUUCAGAGGAUAUGCUGCACAGAACCAGCUGGCUGGAAGACAUGAAAGCGCUCUGCAGGAACCAUAGUUUUGUUCUGUCCACGUUUGGCUUCACAGCUGUGGCCUUUGUGACAGGAUCUUUGGCCCUGUGGGCUCCUGCAUUUUUAUUCAGAGCGGGUGUCUUCAAUGGUGAGAAACAGCCAUGUUUCAAGGACAACUGUGACGACUCUGGCAGCCUGAUUUUUGGUAUCAUCACAAUUGUCACUGGUAUCCUGGGUGUGGCUAGUGGCGUGCAGGCCAGCAAGAAACUGAGGACGAAAACCCCACGCGCUGAUCCACUGGUCUGUGCGACAGGACUCCUCCUUGCCGCUCCUUUUCUCUAUCUGUCCAUCAUGUUUGCUCAAGUUAGCACGGUGGCCACUUAUGUUUUUAUUUUCUUUGGCGAGACGUUCUUGUCGAUGAAUUGGGCCAUAGUUGCAGACAUUCUUCUGUAUGUAGUGAUCCCCACACGGCGCUCCACAGCAGAGGCCUUUCAGAUCGUCCUCUCACACCUGCUGGGUGAUGCUAUCAGCCCUUACCUCAUCGGAGUGGUAUCAGACUCGAUAAAGUCAUCAGAUUCGUACAUGUGGGAGUUCCGUUCUCUUCAGAUAUCCCUCCUGUUGUGCUCUUUUGUGGCCGUGGGGGGCGGAGCUUUCUUCCUGGCAACGGCCUUCUUUAUCGAGAAAGACCGAAAUCUGGCUGAAAAUUAUGUGCCCUCUGAUGAUGCACCAAUUGUUGUUCCAAAGAGAGGCAGGUCCACUAAAGUUUCAGUGUCGAGCGUUUUAAUUUGAGGAGACAAAAGGAUCGGUAUGGUUCUCGACUCGGGGACCAGCACUGUGAUUGGUUUAGGCAAAACACUGUUUGUGCCGUCCACAGCCAAUCCUGCAGAAAUGUCAGACACAUAAUCGCUGACUGGACAAUCUCCACAAUUGGGGAAUUUUAUAGUAAUUUAUUAUGCUUAUGUUUUUUUAUUUUGUUUAUAUCCUUAACACCAAACCAUUGAUUUGGAAACAUCAAAACUAACAAAAAUUCUGAAAUGUGUUUCUUGGAUGUUCUGCUUUCCAGGAGUGACACAAAGAAUGGAACACGGUUAUUAUUUCGAGACAUUGUUUUACAUUUAAUUGACAUGCAUAUAUUUGUGUUUUAGAUUUCAUACAAUGUAAAAAUGAGAUUUUAGACCCUGUUAUUGAAAAGGCUCUGAAUGGAUUUUGCAAAUGGCCAUCUAUCGGUGGCUGUCCUCAUAGCAACAUAUUACUAAAACCUAAGGCACUGUCAUUUUUUUUUAUUUUUUGCAUUUUAUGCAACAAACUGACUAAAAAACUAGCAGAAUCCGACUUAAGCAAUGCACUGAGGCUUGCCUAUGAUCUGCCUUUACAACAACAUGUCUUUUAUGUUUUAUUGCUUUUCUUUCAUGCAACAUUUCAGAUUUUUUUAGGAUCUUUUAGAAAGGAACCAAAAAACAAACACUAAAGCCCCCAUCACAUGAUUUAAACAUUAGGCUUUUUAAUUUUGUAAUAUUUUAACUGAAAGCAGGUUAUUGUGCAUUCCUUAUACUGUGGUGUUUUUAUUUUUGUUAAAGAGUUUUUCCCCCAACGGCAAUACAUUGAGCUAAUUUACAAGACAUUGCUUGUUAAUCUUAUUUUCUUACUGUUACUUUUUUAAUAUUAAAUGACAGAUUAGCUCUAA